CCGCAGAACAAUCGGCCCUCAGUUAUUUAUUGUGCAGCGCGCAGCUCGGAGCUCAGUCUGCUGCUGGCCCCGGUGCGCACACACCGUGCAUGGAGGAGAGAAACCUGUGGACUUUGUUGACUUUAAGAGCAGAAAACUGAAAGACUACAGCACCCGAAACGGAUUCCUUUGGGAUGAGACUAUCGUUAGAUUUGUGAUUUUACCAUCACCUCCAACUCCAGACAGUUUUUCUGCUAAUUUCCCACGGACUGAAAUGAAAACUGCUGAAGGCUCCUCCGGAACGGUCCUGCACCGUCUGAUCCAGGAGCAGCUGCGCUACGGGAAUCUAACGGACACCCGCACGCUUCUGGCCAUCCAGCAGCAGGCCCUGCGUGGAGGCAGCAGCAGCGGCGGGGGGGGGCACGGUAGUCCCCGCUCCUCUCUGGAGAGCCUGACACAGGAGGAGACCCAGUACAUCCAUAUGUCCACGCGACAGGAUCCUCAGGGACAGGAGCACCAGGGGGACCUCCUGCACUCCGAGAGCCAGAUGUGCCAUCUGUACCAGCUGCAUGGAGAGGAGCUGCCCACAUAUGAGGAGGCCAAAGCACACUCCCAGUACCUGAUCUCCCAGAAGGGGCAGGCCGGGCAGAACUUGGACAUAAUGGGGGGUCGCAGUGAGGCUCAGUGGGAUUUGAAGAGGGAGCAUACUCGCUCCCUCAGUGAGAGGCUCAUGCAGCUCUCUCUGGAGAGGACAGCUCCUCAGCACAGCCUGAGCUCUUCCCACAGCUACCCACAGCUGUAUCAUGAUAAUAUUACAAACACUGUGGCAGCUGACAGACAGGGGGCCCAACAAUAUGCAGAUCAGCGUGGCCCCCCUCCGGACUACCCUCUGUUUGCUAGGAUUCCCGGAUACAUGCUCAGCCACUCACAGGAGCACGGACAGUACUACAGAGAACCCCCCCCACCGUUCUACUCACAGCACCACAGCAGGUAUGUGUCCGCUCAGUCACAGGUGGCUCACAGCCCCCCCACAGCCCCUGGUGAGAACUUGUCUCAGACUGAAGUGUUGAUGCGAGAGAACGAGCGACUCAGGAAGGAGCUGGAGGUCUACAGCGAGAAGGCCGUCCGGCUGCAGAAGUUGGAGUUGGAGAUUCAAAGGAUAUCAGAAGCAUACGAGACCCUAAUGAAAGGCUCUGCCAAGCGGGAGGCUCUGGAGAAAACAAUGAGGAAUAAACUGGAGGCUGAGAUUAAGAGGAUGCACGACUUCAACAGAGACCUGAGAGAUCAGCUUGAUUCAGCUAUCAAACAGCGGUCAGCUAAGGAGGCCGAGUGUUCCGACCAGAGGCACCAUGUCUUUGUUAAACUGCUCGAGCAAAAUGAAGAGCAGCAGCGGGAGCGAGAACAGCUGGAAAGGCAGAUACAGCACCUGCGUGUCUCCGGGGAGGAGUGCCAGCGGAGGGGGGAGCUGCUGGAGCAGGCUCUGGUCUCCACACAGGCCCGCAACCGGCAGCUGGAGGAGGAGCUGCAGAGGAAGAGAGCAUAUGUGGAGAAGGUGGAGCGACUGCAGGGAUCGCUGGCUCAGCUGCAGGCGGCCUGCGAGAAGAGAGAGGCGCUGGAGCUGCGGCUGCGCACACGGCUGGAGCAGGAGCUGAAGAGCCUCAGGGCCCAACAGUCUCAUAGGCAGGCAGCUGACCCCAUGGCUUCAGAGCUGAGCUCCUCCAUGCUGCAGCAGCAGCUGAGGGAGAGAGAAGAGCGUGUUCUGGCCCUGGAAGCAGACCUCACCAGGUGGGAGCAGAAGUACCUGGAGGAGAGCACCAUGAGGCAGUUUGCCAUGGACGCAGCUGCCACUGCUGCUGCACAAAGAGAUACCACCAUCAUCAAACAUUCACCUCGACAGUCACCAAACAGCAGUUUUAAUGAAGACCUGCCUUCAUCUAGUCACAGACAACAGGAGAUGGAGAACAGGAUCCGUGCGCUUCAUGCUCAACUCCUGGAGAAGGACGCUGUGAUCAAAGUCAUUCAGCAGCGUUCCAGCUGGGAGCAGGGCCAACUGGAGAGACAGGGGCUACGUCUCACCAGGUCCGUCCCCUCUAUCAACAAUUUGACCAGCAGCACGGCGAUUAACGGAAAGAACCUCUCAGAUGACCAGACAGGUGCUGCUCUGCUGAAACCCCAACCCCGCAUGGGUCCGCCCAGGGCCCGGAGCAGGGACUGCAGCACCCAAAGUGACGAGGCCCCUCUGGAGCCUGAGCUCACCGCAGAGCCAUGCGAGCUAAAGACGUCUGAAGUGAUCUCAGCAGCUACACCUGUAGACACCACAGAGAAGCCACUCAAGACAUGUGAGAGGAUCAGCAGCUCAGACGCAAAGGUGGUUGAAAUCCUCAUUUGAGGACCACUACAGAUGAUAUGCAGUGACAGCCAGUGAUGACAGAGACCUCAAGCCUGAGGUUUUCAAGACCUUUAUUUACAUCUGAACAGAAUAAAGAAAGGCUGAUGGUCUGAUGUGAGCGGAGCCAGUUCACCAGCAGCACCGUGCAGAGUGCACGAUGUGCCGCAGUCCGGAGAGGAGAGCCGAGCUUUCCCCCAUCUGUGCAGUACAAGAUCUGACAUUUGCCUGAAGAGAGAGAAUUCUCCGAGCUACCUGGACAGUAUUGUGCACUGUGAUAGGAACCUAGCUGCUGGUGUGCAUAUUCAGUUGAUGUGCAUGUUCAUUUUUGUAGUAAUGUAUUGUAUUUAUGUUUGUUAAUGCUGCUCAUAUCGUAAUGUGACUUUUCUGUUUGGGAGGUGAAAGGACACUUGCCUUUCCCUGCUCCACUUAAGUUAUAUACAUUUCUCUGGAUCAUUUCUUUCAUUUAUUUAUGUCCUGUAGCGCGCCUGCCCUCUAAAAGUAAUUGAUAUAUUAAUAUUACAAGCAUCCUUUAUUUCUUCAUGCAAUGUUUGUGGAUUAUUCUGUCUAACAGAACCUAAGUUAAUAGUUGCUCCAUUCUUAAAAAUACAUUUGGGGCCUGCUCACACCUUAGAAGAAGAUUUAGAAACGUGUCUGCUCAUUUGUCUCUCAAAAAAGCCUAUGAGGAUUGACAGUGUUUCACGGGGUUCUAAUUUUCCAGAUCCUGGAUUAAUGUUCAGGGGCCUCAGAUGGCGACUGCCCAGCAUUUUGCUCCCUUCCGCUAAUACGCUAGACCUAAUCUCCUCACAUUCCCUGGCUGAGGGAAUGCUCCCGUUAAAGAAAAAGGCUAUCUAAAGUCUGACCCCUCACCCUUGUUAAAAUGGCACACAUUCUCCACAUGAUUCUCUUUCUGGGGAUGGUUAUUUCUUCUGAGUGCUGGUAGCUGGAUCUUCCAUUAGCAUAGAAAUGGUCAACUAUAAUUGGCCUGCAUUUGCCACUCUAUUUGUUGUCUCGAUCACUGUGUUAUAUUCAGCUGUGUUGUCUCCACUGCGCAAGUAUCUCACAUUUCUGAGUGUACAGGACUUUAUCCCUAACAUGGAAUCUUCUAUUUAUUUCUCCCUGCGUGGUGUAGCUUCACUGAACACUGCUCAAUGUAGAUUCCUGUUUCCAGCCCUGUGUUCCUUCAAUUUAAUGGGAUUGUGCCACAACUUUGAUUUGAUCCAGAUUACUGCUAAGUUAAUAUUAUAUUACACCACAUUUUUCAAUAGGUGAAUUUUUAGGUUUAUUUAUUAUAAUUAUUGUCCCACAAAUUGCAUGAGAAAUCUCACAUUUUGUUAUUCCCCUUCAAACUGUUCACUAUAUUUCCCGGCACAAUGCAUUUGCUGGUCAUUGCAGCGUGUCAGUUCAUGCCUUCCACUCUUUUUGGAAUGUGUUUACAUGAAUGUGAAGUGAGAGAACUUAAUAUAUUUUGUAGUUUUUUGUAAUUUGUAUACAUUUUUUUGUGUUUUUGGUGCCAAAGAUGUACUCUACCUUUAAGUUAUCACCAUGAAAAAUUCAAAAGGUCCUGUUUAGGUGCCUUACUUCAGCUGGUUGACCCAUUUUGAUGUUGCUGUGAACUUUUGCAAAGGAAACAUUUGUAUGUAUACCUUAAAAUGUCACCAUAAUAGAUUAAAAUUCUUAAUAUAUGUAUGACAAAA